AUGGAUUCUUUGCCAUCAGUUUCACCAUCUAUAGUAACUCCGAUCCACCAUCACCGGAGGCGGCGGCAAAUUACUUUUUCCUCGACAUACAUCAAACCGGUUAACAACCUUGGUGUUUCUUCCGUGUCUAGCUUUUUAGACCCGAGAGAAUCAUUUAAAAGAAAACAAAAGGUCGCAGUUUCGUGUCAAUUGAGUGAAGGAAAUGAGAGGGAAGAUGAAAAUGAUAAGAGAGAUGAGGAGUUGGAGAGGGCGCUGCGCAUGGACGGUACGAUUCCGGGGAGUUCUAUCGAGUUUGUGAAGCAAGUGUCAUCACGCGCUUACGACAUGCGUAGGCAUCUUCAGCAGAGUUUUGAUAGCAGUAGCUACGAUGUAUUGGAGGCCGACCCUUGGAGGGAGAAAUCUAAAUCCGUGUAUGUACUUACUCACAGGGAAAACCAGUUAUGUACGAUGAAAACUCGUAGAAAUCGCAGUGAAGUAGAAACAGAGCUCGGACGCCUAUUUUCUAAUAGGGGAAAGUGGAGAAAUCAGUCCAAGCAGUCAGGAGUUAGCACUAAAUUUCAGAUGCUUGUUGAGGACAUCCAAGAGGGUGUGCUUGUAUUCGAAGAUGAAAAUGAAGCUGCAAGAUACUGCGAUUUGCUUCAAGGAGGAGGUCAAGAUUGUGAAGGUGUUGUCGAGAUAGAUGCCUCAUCUGUUUUCGAUCUGUGCUCUAAGAAUAGGGCGCUAGCAGUUUUGUUCCGUAGGGGAAUAACACCCCCUCGACCUGAAAGCCUUAAGCUUAACUUAUGGGCACGCAAGCGCUCCCUUGAAGACCAAGAGGAUUUCAUAUGA